CCUGUUCCUCCUUCCAAAGAGCACAACGAAGAAAAUGGACUCAAUGCUUAAAAGCUUCUUCUAGGGGGGCUCUAUGGUGAAACGAACUAUUCACUGGAGGGCUGGACAUGUUGUUUACGCACCAAAAGAGGAGGGAGGGCUCGGGUUUCGACCUUUCCACACUUUCAACAUGGCACUUUUGGCCAAGCAGGCUUGGAGAAUCCUCACCAACAAGGAUACCUUGUGGGUCAAGGUACUGAAAAGCAUUUACUUCCCCAACUCGGAUUUCCUGAAUGGAAAAAAAGGCAGCAAAGCCUCGUGGAUUUGGUCCAGCCUAUGUGAAGAAAAAUCAUGGAUGGGACAAGGGCUAAUUAGAGUUAUUGGCAAUGGUAAAUCAACGAGGAUUUUUCAUGAUCCCUGGAGAUUUGACAGAGCAGGGCCCCUCCUCCAAUUCGACUGGAAUGAAAAUGCUACUGUUGACUCUUGGAUUGAUGAGGUGUCAAGGGAAUGGAAGUUCGAUCUGCUUGCAAAUUUCCUCAGCCAGCAUGACCUGAAACAGGUGGCAGCCAUCCCUAUUGGACCGGAUUCACUUGAUGACUUUUGUGCAUGGAGGUUCACAGAGCAAGGGUCCUUCACGGUUAAAUCAGCUUUCACCCACUUUCAUAACAGCACCAGACAGUCCCAAGUACAGGCUGAGGACUUCUCUGAAGUGAGCAAAAAAAGGUGGAAGUGGCUUUGGAGCCUCUCGAUCCCACCGAAACUGAAAUUCUUCAUUUGGAAGGUGACCAGAGGGGCUUUGGCGUCCAAAGAAAACCUCUUUGCCACGAAGUGCACAGCCUCAAAGAGUUGCCCGAUCUGCGACUGCUCGUCGGAAUCGAUCUUUCAUUGCCUGUUCACCUGCCCCCAUGUUGCCGAGGGGUGGAACCAAGAAUGGCCUUCCUUGCCCAGACCUGCCCCUCUUUCCUCUGUCCUGGUGUGGCUGGACUCUCUCCGCCAGAGGUACCCGAUCAGCUCAAUUCAGAAGAUCAUCUUCCUCAUGUGGCAGACAUGGAAAGCAAGGAACGAGAAGAUCUUUCGGGGAACUCCUCCUUGGCCCCCAGCCACCAUCACGAAGGCAGCCUCUGAUCACCUCCAGUGGACCACGUGCCCUAGGAUCCACCCCAUUGGUUCCCCAUCAACUCAGCCCACUCCACCCCCUGAGCACUCUUCACCACCGCCAGGUACUCAUGACUUUGAAGUACACUGCGACGGAUCGUUCUUUGACGAUUCCCAGAAGGCGGCUUAUGGCGUCGUUGUUUCGAACAGCCAUGGUCAAGUGUGUGAUGGUAAAGCUGAGUCUGUGCAUUGUUUCUCCCCAAUUGAAGCAGAAGCCUUGGCCCUUCUGGAGGGCUCCCGAUUGGCUGCCUCGCUCACAACCCCCUGCCUGGUGAAGUCUGAUUGCCUGCAGUUGGUACAUGCUAUCGAUUGGCACCCCAGGACAUGGCCAUGGCGAGCGGCUGCAAGGCUAGGUCUGAUCAAGCUUAUUCUGGACAGUAACCCGCAGAUCAAGAUUCAACACAUCGGUCGAAAAUUCAACUCCAAAGCGAAUUGGGUGGCCAGAUCCUGUGCUAACAGCCAACUUCCCUCGCAAUGAUUGCAAAUUCUUGAUAUGGUUGCACCUCUCCUAUAAUGGUUGGAUUUUGCUUCAAUUAAUGGAAAUUCAGUGUCCUUUGUCAAAAAAAAAAACAAAUAUUAUUGGUAUCAAUUUAUUUUUUAAAUCAUUGAUAGCUAAAUAAACUAAGUUGUUUGGUUGUAUUAAGUUGAUGAUAAAUAAAGUUUAGGCAUGACA